AUGGCAGCCGGCUUUCAUGUCUGCCCCGAGGCACAUCAGCGAACGUUACUUCACUUACCGGAACCCAUCCAAUGCACCUAUCGACAAGAACCCUUAUUAUCCAUUGUGGUGGCUAUCAGCUUGCCAAUGAUGGCAGCUGCCUUUCAUGUUUGUCCAGAGGCGCAACAGAGAACUUUGCUCUGCUUACCAGCGAUUCAAUGA